GCUAGGACAUGAUCAUGCGACCGGGUGAGCAGCGCAGCAGGGAGCGUAGCGUACACGACUUGGUUAGGACCGCCCGGCGUGCGUCGAUCGACGCCGUUCGGCUCAAGUGUUUUUGCCCUUGUAGCAAAAGGUUCCUACUUGAUUUUCAGAUCUGACGGAGGAACAGGUAGCUCGCUACCUUUACCCAGGUCCGCGAGCAUAUGAAGCCCGCUGGUCUGCGGACUUACACGCAGACGGACGCGAUCGCGCACCAGCGUGGGAUCCAGUGUUUUAAGUACCCGACGCUGUCGCACCAGAUGUGGACCAUCAAGGAGUCCUUCGACAUGGCCAUGCAGCACGAAAUGGAAACGAAGAAGCAGUACACGUGGCUCGUUCGGGCACGUCCAGACGCCUCCUUGUUAGGUUAUUUGCCAGUAGACGCUUUUAAACAGCACGCAGCGCCUGGCGAGAAGGUCGCGUGGCGCUGGAAGGUCGCGUGGCGCUGGAAGUCGCGGAUCGGAUCACAUUGUCGUGAUGACCCGCGCCGCCGCAACCUCUCUGUGGCGAGCUCACGACAACUCGUCCUCCCCGCGAGCACUGGGCAGUGCGGAUACGGGGCGGCAGUCGCGGGAGGCAAGCCGACCAAGACGCUGGGGAAAUUCCGCGGCAUUUCCUUCCACGAGAAGUAUCCCGAUGAGUUCGAAUUCCACAGCGUGGCUCCUGUGCGUUACAUGUGGUUGGCGUGGGCCUCAGACAGUGUGACCAUGUUGUUCGAUGGCAGAGUGAGUGCUGACCCCGUCCGGUCGGAGAGCUAUCCGAAACAGUACAGCAGCUUCGUACCGCCAGGCCGCGCGCCGUCGUCGUGUGUACUACACGGUGUGGGCGUGGGGCUCAGACAAUGUGACCAUCUCUUGUUCGAUGGCAGAGUGAGUGCUGGCCCUGUCCGCUCGGAGAGCUACCCGAAGCGGUACACUCCACUCCGAUGGCAGAUACCGACUUCGUUUAGCCGAGACCUAGUUCCACCGAGUCUAAGUUUACCGAGCUUGGGCCUGACUGUUACGUAAGUAUGCUCCCAGGGCGUUGCUGCGUUGCUGAGAUUAUCUUGCUGCUGCCGUUGCUGCUGCUUCUGCCACUGGCCGCUAC